AUGCCCAAAGCAAACAAAUCGAAACUGAACAACUCGAAACCAAACGAGCUCAACCCAUAUAUCCCAAAAUAUAUAAUUUCAAAACCAUGGUAUCAGGGGAAAUCAGGUUCAGCGGAUGAGGAUUAUUUAUCUCAUCAGAGAAAAACAGGGGAGAUUAUUGAUCAUAGUUUGCCACAGACAGGUCAAGGGAUCAAAGAUGACUUUGAUGGGAGUGUACGAAAAGAGACGCAGGACGAAAACUAUGACGCCAAGCGAGAUAGGUGGUAUGGGUUCUCGACUGAGGAGUGGUUAGAACAAGUAAAGAGACAGCGACAGAAAGAGAGAGAAGGAGAAGGAGAGGAAGGCAUUAGGGAUCGCAAUGAUGACUCCGAUGAUACAGAUUAUGAAUUGGAGUUACAGGAACUUGAAUUAGAGAGGGCCCAAGUGAUCAAGAAUAUAAAGGAGGAUCCAAUGGAGAAAAUGUUGCGCGAUAGACAAGAUGUGCCAGUAUAUAUUCAGAAUAUAACUAGUCGACGAGAUGGCAAGAUUCGGAUUGAUUAUGAUCCCAAGUCUAGAUUAGCAAAAGAUUUAACAAAAGGGUUUUUUAAUGAUAGAAAACAAUUUGUAAAGAAAUUGGAAGGUAAGGCUCAAGAAUUGAAAAACUUGCAAUCGUUUGCUUGGGAGACAAAGCAAGGGGAGGAGGAAAAUCUUGGUUUCGAGGCAAACCCAACUUUAGUGAUGAUGAAAGCUAAACAGACUGCUGAGCAAAAUGCCAUAGCGAAAAGGAAGAAAAUCAUUGAUAUGUAUCAAUCCUCCCCUUAA